AUGGUGUGCGUGGACCUCACUUCGGGCUUCCCGGGAUACACCAGGAAAUGCGACGGGUGCCCAACGGCGGAGCCUGCCAUGUCGUGGAUGCCUCGAGAGCCUCCGCUCGGAAUGUUCGCCUUCCGCCCCGACGAGCGUAUUCGCGGCGUGUUCAAGCAGGAAACGGUGUGCGGCCUUCCGCUUUCCCGGAUUGGGUGCGUGCUUUCAACGAGAAGGCUUGGAAUGCCCGAUAGUACUGCGCGGGGCGUCAUGGUCUAUCUUGGCAUCCCGCGGCCGCGUUACAAGGCGACGCCUAACAUCGAGCUAGGCGCCGACCCGCUGAAUAUGAGGACGACGCCCGCCGCCUCCAGUAUCGACGACCUGGCUGACGACCUGGACCAGCGCAUGGCGCAGCGGGCCGCCAGGAUCGCCGACGAUCUUUUAGGCCGCAUGGAGCUAGCGGCGCCGAGCGUCCCUGGUCCGACGUGGCGGCGCCUCCCGAUCGCCCGAGCGCAGGCGCUGGCCUAUUUGUACCCCGACCAGCACAAGCCCCAUGGCGCCUACAUAAGGCCAGCCGCCAUCCUGGGCGCGCGAUGCGCGACAGGCGGGCGGCGGGGCUGCAAGCGCCGCGCGGGGUGCAGCGUCCUGGUGAGCAGCGCGCUACAAGGCCCCAGCGAGGUCGAGAUGGGCUGGCGAUGGCACCGGCGGCUUCCGCUGGAGGUCCCGGACCAGGGGCGGUCCUGCGGUGCUGCGGUCGAGUGCUUCGCCGGCGCCCUGCCUCCCCCGCCCCCGCUGCCCGCGAGGGGCCCGCAGCAGCAGCCGCGCUGCCCCGCGCGGUGCCUUCGCGCAUCCCCCGCAGAGGGCGCGCCAGGCGAGGCCGCCCACGAGUCCGGCUCGGCGAGCUGCGAUGCGCCAGCCGGGGCGGUCGGCACGCAGAACGCGACGAACCUCAUCUCCGCAUCCAACGACGGCCGCAUGUGCGUGUGGUCCCUGGCCACCCUCAAAGAGCCCCAGGAGACCAUCGACCUGAAGAACGAGAUGAAGAACCGCCGCGAGCUCUCGGUGAUGUGCCUGUCGUUCCCGGAGAACGAGACCAACACGCCGUACGUGGGCUCCGAAGACGGCUCCCUGUGCCAGGUGCACAUCCACGGCAGCAAGGUUGGCGUUACCGAGUGCUACGACGGACACGAAGGACCGAUCUCAGGCAUCGACAUGCACCCGCACCAGCCAGGCCUCGACGCCACGUUCGACCUGGCGCUGUCGUGCUCGUUCGACUGGAGCGUGAAGCUGUGGACGGUGAAGCAGUAUCAAGCGCCGGUCUUGUCCCUAGACUCGUUCGAGGAUUACGUGUACGACGCUAAGUGGCAUCCACACCACCCGGCUGUCUUCGCAUCCGUGGACGGUGAAGGGCAUGUCGACCUCUGGAACCUGAACAGGAACACAGAGUCGUCCAUUGUCCGGUGCGAGAACCCAAACGCAGCCUUCAAGCGUGUUGCGCUCAACAAGUGUUCCUGGUCGACGGACGGGCGGAGAUUGGCCACCGGCGACAGCCAGGGCAACCUGUCAGUGUACUCCGCAGACCGGCAGAUCGCCCAGCCGCGCAACGAAGAUUUCGCGCAGUUCGGCGAGCGCGUGCGGCAGCUCAAGCCCAUCGUGCCUCGCUCGCGCGAAGGCUACGGCUCAGCGCUGUCCAGAGGAGUCGCCUACGGCGACACCAGGCACUGA